AGAGAGGGGGAAGGAGUGGGGGGGGGGGAGCUGGCCCCAGGGAGGGGCCCCAGGGGAGGGCUCGGCAGACCACCCCCCCCCUCUGCCCCAUCCCCCAGCCCGACCUCCCAGAUGGUGCCCAGACCCCCCUGCUGGAGCCGGGAGAGGUCCACCCCCUGGACGUGAGUGCCCAGAGGAGCCGGGUGCUGCUACGGAGGAAGGGGUCGGUGCGCCGGGCGCCCAGCCUCCGGGCCCAGAGACCCCCCGGGGGGGCCCCACCCGAGACCCUGCCCCAGCCCCCCCAGGAGCCGGGCACCCCAGGGGGCUUCCUGCCCCCCAUGCCCCACCAGCCACACACACUGAGGAGGCAGCUCCCAGGGCAUGCUGGCUUCGGCCUCGCCCACCCCAACAUGAUGGCAGAGCUGAAGUUUCGUCUGCGCAGACCCCCGCCCCAGUGACGCUGCCCCAUCCCCACCCGCUGGGGGCCCUGGGGGGGUGGGGGCUCGUGCCAUCUCCUGGCCGGACAGAUUCCAGCCAUGACAGACAGCCCCCUCCCUCCCCCCGCAGCCUGGGAUAGGACCCAGGCAUCCAGGCCACCUGCCCACCUGCAUCAGUGUGUCUGGGAACAUGGAAUAAAGAAAACACAUGUGAAAGGAAUGUGGGGCGUAGAACUGGGGGGCGAGGGAUGGUGCAGGACCGUAGCAGUUACUGUAGGACCUACCAAAAUCAUAUCAGCUGAAGGGUGGGGAAGGUUCCGGGAAAGAAGAUGCUCCUGACAGCCCGUGAGUUCCUGUAGGACCUACCAAAAUAGCACCUUGUGGGUUUUGUUUACUUUGUGUAUCAGUCAGCACCGGGUUCCCAGAAAACCCCAGGGCGAAGGGGAAUGAGGAGGGGCUGAAUCAACUAGAAACAGGGAACGGAAAAGAGAAACCAGAAUCGAGAGGUGAUGGGGGGAGAGAACCCAGGAGUCCGGGCUCCUGCCCUCCCACCACUCCCCUCCCAGAGCUGGGAGAGAACCCAGGCGUCCUGGCUGGGUGAAAACAACAAGACACUUAACAUUAGUCACUUUAUUACAAAAAAUAAAUAAAAAUCACAUUUCUUGGUAAUAAAUAGCAAA